AGUUCUGUCCUUUUUCUUCAUCAGGUAAACCCUGAAAAUUUAUCUUUUGUUCCUCACCUUCUAAAAGAAAGCAGCAAUCCUCAAAGAUAAAUUCUUAUAUAUAUGUAAGAUUGUAUAAUCUAACACAAAUUCUUGAUGAUUAUGAGGUUAUUCUUGCACAAGAAAGCUCAUAGAAGUAACAACUUCAUCAAACAAACAACACGAUUCUUUUCUCACAAUGAGGAUGCAACAAUUGGGGAAAUCACCAAGAUUCUCAAACACAACAACUGGAAGUUCUACUUAGAAUCAUCAAACAUCCCAAGAAAACUGAACCCAGAUGUGAUUCCAUCUGUUCUUCACUCUAACAUUGAUGCUGACCCCAAGACUCUCCUCCAUUUCUUCAAUUGGUCUUGUCAGCAAAUGGGUACUCCUCAAAAUUUGAAAUCUUUCUUUAUUCUUGCUUUUGUUUUGUGUAAAUCCAAUCACUUUUUGCCUGCUACUGGUGUUUUAAAACAAAUGAUCAGUACCCGUGUGCCGAUAUCAGCUCUUGUGGAUUGUAUUGUUGGUUUUUGUAAAGAUUAUAGUGAUGGGUCUAAAGUUGAUAAUCUAGUGUUUGAUGUUUUGAUUAGUGCUUAUCAGAAAAGGGGUUUGUGGGAUGAGGCUGUUAGUGUGUUUUUGGCGGUGAAGGGUAGUGGAUUUUGUCCGCGCAUUGUGUGUUGUAAUAAUUUUUUGAAAGAUUUGUUGAGAUGUAAUAGAAUGGAUUUGUUUUGGAAGGUUUAUGAAGGGAUGGUGAAGGCCAAGAUUGGGUUUGAUAUUUACACAUAUACGACUGUUAUUGGUGCUUAUUGUAAGAUAGGGAAUGUUGGAGAGGUUAGAAGGAUUCUUUUGGAAAUGAAUGAAAAGGGUUGUAAACCCAAUCUGGUUACUUGUAAUGUGGUUAUUGGUGGGUUGUGUAAAGCGGGUCUUGUUGAUGAAGCAUUAAAGUUGAAGAAGUCAAUGCUUAGUGAGGGGUUGGUUGCGGAUGGCUACACAUAUAAUUUACUUAUAGAUGGAUUUUGUAAACAGAAGCGGUCCGGCGAGGCAAAGUUGAUUUUGCAAGAAAUGUGUACUACAGGUGUCAGUCCUGAUCACUUCUCUUACACUGCUUUGAUGGAUGGGUUCAUGAAACAAGGUGAUCUCGACGAGGCUUCAAAAAUUAAAGUUGAGAUGGCUGCUAAUGGAGUUAAGUUAAACCUUGUGACUUACAGCUCGUUAGUAAAUGGGUUCUGUAGAGCUGGUAAGAUGGACAAGGCAGUUGAUAUACUGAAUGAGAUGAUUCUGGCGGGUGUAAAACCUGAUACCAGGAUUUACAAUUUACUAAUUGAGGGUUACACACGAGAGAAAAACACUGAUAAGGCGAAUGAGCUGCUGGCUGAGAUGAAGGAAAGGGACCUGGCACCUUCAACAUACACUUUUUCUGUCAUAAUAAAUGGCCUUUGCCAUUCUGGAGAUCUAAAAGGGGCUAACCAAUUACUGGAGAGCAUGAUCUUAGGAGGUUUGAAACCAAAUGUUAUUAUAUGUACAAAUCUCAUAAAAAGUUAUAUUCGGGAGGGUCAAAUCGAAGAGGCAAUAAAGCUUUUGAACAAGAUGGGGGAUGAAGGCAUUUCACCCGAUGUCUUCUGCUAUAAUUGUCUUAUAGAUGGACUCUGCAGAGCAAAUAGAAUGGAGGAAGCUAAGACUUACAUAGUUCAGAUGGUGGAGAGGGGACUGAAUCCAAAUGGGUACACUUACGGAGCUCUCAUUGCUGGAUACUGCAAGGGUGGAGACAUGCAGAAAGCCGACAUGUACUUUAGCCAAAUGCUUGGCUGUGGUAUUGUGCCAAAUCAAGUCAUAUACACAUCUCUUAUUGAUGGACAUUGCAAAAACGAAAAUAUAGCAGAAGCCGUCUCUAUAUUUAGAUCAAUGCUCGGUCGAGGAGUGAUCCCUGAUCUGCAAAUAUACAGUGUACUUAUUCAUGGCCUUGCAAGGACUGGAAAGUUGCAGGAAGCAACAGGUAUAUAUGCAGAACUUGAGGGCAAGGGUCUUGUCCCUGAUGUUUUCACUUAUAGCUCUCUCAUUUCUGGAUUCUGUAGAGUGUGUGAUAUGAAGCAAGCUUUUGAACUGUUGGACCAUAUGUGUAAAAAGGGAAUUACUCCAAACACAUUUACUUACAAUGCUUUGAUUAAUGGUCUAUGCAAAUCAGGUGACAUUGAAAAAGCUAGGAAAAUAUUUGAUGGUAUUCCUGAAAAAGGUUUGCCACUUAAUGUUGUGACUUAUGCUACAAUGAUGGAUGGUUAUUGCAAAUCUGGAAAUCUUGCCGAUGCGUUGAGGUUAUUUGAAGACAUGUCAUCAAGGGGGAUUAAACCAGAUCCUUUUGUUUAUAAUGUUCUUGUCAGUGGGUACUGCAAAGAAGGAGACUUAGAGAAGGCUUUGUCAUUAUUCGACUGCAUGAGGGAAAAGAAUAUUGCAUCUACAAUCAAUUACAACACAUUAAUUGAUGGUUACUGCAAAUCAGGGAAACUGACAGAAGCAAAUGAGUUAGUGAAUGACAUGGUCACUAGGCAAAUCAUUCCCAAUCAUGUUACUUUUACAACACUAAUUGACUAUCACUGCAGGAAGGGGAUGGUUGAAAAAGCAGAAGAGCUUUUUCUGGAGAUGCAAAAGAAGAAUAUUAUGCCGACUGUAGUAACUUAUACCUCCCUUUUACAGGGCUAUAACAAUAUAGGGGAAAGGUCCAAGAUGGUUUCACUAUUUGAGGAAAUGAUAACUAAGGGCAUUGAACCUGAUGAUAUUGUCAAGAGUGUGGUUCAUAGUCAGCUCAAGGAAGGAAAUUCUGACAAAGCCUUUAAAUUUUGUGACGAAUUGGUUGAGAGGGGUCUAUUUAGCAGAGAUGUGUAUGAAGUAUUAGUAAAUACACAUUGUAAGAUGGGAGAAUUCUCUGAAGUUUUAACAUUGCUUGAUUCUAUAGGGAAACAAGGGCUAAUGCUUAGUUUUGCUACAUGUAAAACUGUAGUUCAUGGGCUAUAUAACUCAAAACAUGAAAAUGAAGUAGCUCAGGUCCUGAAAAGUAUGGUGAAGUUUGGAUGGGUUCCACGCUCUACCAGUUUAGCAGACUUGACUGAUGAUCAUAAAAAGAAUUCGGUUUCUGGAGAUGUGAUGCGUGUUUCCGAGCAAGUUGCUUAUUAGUGGCGAUCUUUAAUCAGUAGUGUUCCCUUUGAAUUUGUGGCUCUGGUAUCAAAUGCUGAUUCCACACAUAUUGUGCUGAAAUAAAUUAACUUGCGGUAAAUAAAGAACAAUCGACACUGUUUCUUAUGAGGUUCAGCUUUUUAACAGUCAUGGCCUACCACAUUCCAGGUUAUGCCAGGAAGGUAACUGAACUGAUCUGAGUAUUUACUGCAUUAUACAACAUGGAGGGACGGACACUGGGUCAACAUUGGAUUGCGACUUGCAAAAGCUUAGGGAGGCGACCCAAGUCAAAAGAGGCAUGUGACCCGCAAAAUCAAGUCAGGAAUAUGAAGUGCGGCCCCAGUCAUAUCAACGUGCAGCACUACUCUCGAGGUAGUUUUGUUGUAUAGAAAGUUAUAGCUUUAUCUGUGGCUUAUAGAAGUAAGAAAAAGGUAUAAUUGUCAAGUUAGUGAACUUGUGAACACAAGUUCAAUAUUUAACAAAUUUCCAGCUCUGUUUAUGAUUAACAGUCCACUGUUAACCAUUUUAGUUUUCACCCUGGUUUA